UCAGUUUGUUUUUGACCGGUCGCCGUGACGCGUUGGAUCCAGUUUAAACGCGCCGCUUUGUAUACUUGGCAUUGCAUUUUGUAUUAGCGUAGCUUGUAGCUGCCUUUGCGAUUGUAUGCAAGUGAAACAAGUUAAAUAUACUCCGUUGGUUUAUUUUGUUUUUGAAAUAAAUUGAGCAAACGGAAGUGUGUGGAAAAAAUCAAACAAAAAUUUCUGUCGCACAUUUGGCUGAUUUGUAAUCGAAUCGCGUUUGUGUGUGUCUUUUUCAGUUUACUGUGUGGAAAUGAGUAUGCAUGUGUGCGGGAAAAAAUCUACAUAAAAAUACUUAUGCACCAAAAUAAAUGUAUGCCAAAAUAUUAACAAAAAAAUAUGAAUAUUUCGUAUUUUAAAAAAUAAAAAAAAUUACAGUUCACUCCGAAUAAAAAAAAAGCACAGAAAAUAAUAAUUAUAUGUAUAAAUGCAUAAAAAGUAAUUAACAUAUGAUAUAUGUAUGCAUGUAUGAAAAUAUAUUAUUUUAAUAAAAAAUAAUAAAUUUAAAAAAAGUUUGCUAUUAAAUGGCGUUAUGUAAAAAUUUAGGAAAAAAAUUUGCAUAAGUGACAUACAUGUGUAUAUGCAUAUUUAAAACAAAAUAAAAAUAAAUUUUGCACUACAGCAAAAAUUUGCCGCUGUUUUCUUAACAAAAGUGUACUAAAAAUUAUAAGAAACUAAAAAAAAGUAAAAAAUAAAAAUAUAAACCAAAAAUUUAAUAAUAAGUGAAUAAAAAGUAUUAAAAAAACUAAAAAAGUAGUAAAAGUUGCGCUUAUACACAUAUAUAAUAUAUAUACAUUUAUUUCAACUAAAAUAUACGACGCAUGGGUGAAAAACAAAUGCACUGUAAUUUUUUUUUCACAAUAAAAUAAAUUUUACGCAAAACUGAAAUUACAAAGAGCAACAAAGCACUUGCAACACUAUUUUAUAUACCCAAACGUUAUCUGUGAAAUCGUCUGAUUUUUUAUGAAACUCAAGGCUUUUUGUAUGCAUUUACUACAACAGCACAGUGCUUACUGGAAAUCAUCAAUGAAAAAUCUCGCAAGUAACAGCAAUUAAAUUGAACUUUCCCGUUAUUGAACAGCAUUCGUUGUACUCCUUUCUAUCGAGCUUAUGCCUAUAAAUUAAAGCGUCUACAAGUACCAACCAACUUUUUCCCAGCUGCGAAACCCACCCACCAUAAUCCGUACAAAAAUGAAUACUACCACAAGCAUUAAGACACAGCUGCUGCUUUACGCGCUGCUCGCCAUCGCCGGCUUGUGCGUCACAGCUUCAAAUUGUGGACCUAAUUUUCCGCCAGCCUGCCUUUGUGGCCGCGAGCUAUACGAGGGCAGCAUCAGUUACAUCGUAAACUGCACGAAUACGGGCAUCCAUAAUACCAGCGUGCUAGAGUUCAUGCCAGACGAAGUGGAAAUUUUAAUUUUUACAGGUAAUAUUGUAGCCGAGCUACCAUGGAACGUAUUCGGCUCGAUUAAUGACUACAAAAAUCUGAAGAUCGUUGAUAUGAGCAACAAUCACAUACGUGAAAUACGCGGAAAAUCUUACCAUCAUGUGCAAAAUGUGGAACGUUUGAUUUUAAAUCACAACAACUUGAGUAUUUCACGCGAGGAUGACGAAGUCAAUCACCACCAUCCACGAGUAUUUUCGAAUUUCCUAAAUUUACAAAGUCUACACCUCACCGACGCUUUCGCUGAUAAUAGUUCGCCACAAUUAAGUGAAGAUUUACAUGAUAUUUUCGUAAACAGUCAGCUGACUAAGUUGCAGAAAUUGCAUUUGGAGCAAAACGAAAUCACACACUUCAAGGAUCGCAAUGUCUUCUGUGAUCUGCCGAGCCUGCGCGAUUUACACUUGGGCGAUAAUCUAUUGAAGGAUAUCAACUUUGAGGUGCGGUGCUUGAAAAAUUUGCGCUUUCUCGAUUUGGAGCGCAAUAAAUUCGAAUAUGUAAAGACGCACGACAUGAUGCUGCUGAACGAACUGGAGACGCGCAGCGAUCGCACCACCAAUCUCAUUGUCGAUUUCAAUCUCAAUCCAUUCCUUUGUGACUGCAAAAUCAGCUCCUUUCACACCUGGAUUCUGUCGACGAAUGUAACGGUACGUAAUAAGAACACCCUAAUGUGUUAUCACAACGAUGUGGAGCCACUACCGAUCAUGGAGCUGAAUAUGGACGGCUGUGCGGAAGCGGUAGCGGCUGCUGCUAUGAUGUUUAACACAGCUACAGACGCGCACUAUGGCGCCACCGGCAUGGAGCAGAACAUGGGUGAAGAUAGCACGGCAGCCGGGCGGCCGCACAUGAAUCAGCACACAGUGACACUUAUCUUUCUGUUGAUUGUUUUGAGCAUGAUUUUGCUCGGGCUGGUGGUGGCGCUGGUGUAUGUGAGUCGCGAGCGCAUUAAGUACAUGAUAACGCCGGUGUUCGAUAAUGUAGCCAAGAAGGUGCAAUACACAUCGAUCAAAGAUGAGGAUUGUCCGGAAGUGUAUGUUUAAAGCGCGCGAAAACGUGCAAAAAAAGUCGAAAAAAAAACAAAACAAAAAAGAGCGUUAAAAUAAACGAAAGGCCAUAAUUGACAGUCAACAAUGACAAGCGACAAGCGUGACAGUUCGAGAGCUGACGUGGUGAUGUGAAAAGUUUUAAAAACCACCAACUAGUAGUUAACGCAGUUCGGCAGCCACUGUCGGGCAGUUUCAACAGCGAUAACGAUGUGGAUUUAUUUACCAUUAUAAAAUUGAAUUUGUGCCAUUUAAAGACAAGAAAUCAAACAAAAAAGACGCAAUGUGGAAAGUUGAAGAAAUAUAAAACAUAGUAUGUACAUACAUACAUACAUACCAUACAUAUUUACGCACGAGUAUGUACAGGGCAGCUGGCGCAAGAAAUAGCGAUAGUUAGAAAUGUUAUUCGAAAUGUGUGUGGAGUAGCAGUGUCACAGGAAUUGCUGAAAGACAUCGUCUAAUAAAUAUGUAUAUGUAGAUAUAUGCACACACAUACAUACAUAGGCGUUAGUUUAUAACCAAACUACAUACACAUACAUACAAACAAAGUAGGUAUUUAAUAUUUUCACAGCAGAACAUAAACAUAUCACAGCAGCAUUUGUAAACAAUAAAACUUAUAUUAUUAAACAAAAUGAGCAAUAAGCUCAAAAGAAAGGAAUACUACAAUAAAUUACAUGUAUUUUACUAAUUUCAAGCGAGUAUUGCUGUUACUUUAAGGCUAAAUGCAUUAAUUUAUGUGCAAUUCUAAAAAAUUAGUUAGUAGUUUUAACAUUUUAAAAUAUUCCUAAUAAAAAA